AGGGAAUUUCAGUGGAAGCUGUUGCUGCGAUAAUCCCUCUCUGCCCCAUGUAAUUCUGGAUGCAGCACAGACCCGCAGGCGCCGCGCUGACAGGAAUACAGAGAUCGGAGCAAAUCUAGCCCGGAUGAAAAGACAUGGAGCGCCCUGACGACUUGCCCGGCGCAGUCACUUUGGGAUGGGGGGCGCAUGUACCACCCAAGGAGGUCUAAGGAGAAUAUGGGAAUGCGACACUUAUGGCUUCUUUCAGCUCAGCUUCGAAAAUGAACCUCCUGGUCACUUUAUGCCUGCUCCUGUGCUCCACUCUGAUGGACUCAGUGAAGGGGUAUUUAACAGUCACCAUUGAGCCUCUACCCCCCGUGGUCAUGGGCGAUACAGUGACUUUGAAGUGCAAUUUCAGAACUGACGGCAACCUGAGAGAAAUAGUGUGGUUUCGGGUUACAGAGGGUGGUAGUUCUAAGCAGAAGAUAUUUACUUAUGAUGCCAUGUACAAUACCAAUUUCUCUCACAUGGAGGAUUUUCGCAGAAGAGAAGACCUUGUUUACCAGUCAACUGUGAGGCUCCCUGAGGUUCAAAUGGAAGACAACGGGCCGUAUGAAUGUCACGUGGGGAUCUACGACAGGGCGUCCAGAGACAAGGUGGUCUUAGCAUCUGGAAGCAUAACACUUGCUGUUAUGUCACCUCCGAAAUCCAUCUCUGUAAUUGCGGCAGACCAACCGACACGAUUCAAUCGCUACGAGGCCCAAAACUUCACACUCGUGUGCAUCGUGACGGGAGGAAAGCCCGCGCCUGUGGUGUACUUUAAGCGGGACGGUGAGCUAAUUGAGGUGGUCCCUUCUGACAAACCCCGCGAGGCAGCUGAGAGCCGAGGCUUGUUUUCAGCCAAAGAAAGCAGGCCUCUGAUCAGCCGGGACCUGGACGACACUAAGCUGCAGAAGUCCCUGUCUCUCCUCGAGCCAGAUGUGGAGCCAGUGCGGCUGGACAAUGUCCGGCCCCAUCAGAGCAAUACCCCGGGAGCCCUUGGCCAAGAAGGUCCCCGGCCUACCACUGAGAUCAUCCCAGAGACUGUGGUCAGCCGGGAGUUUCCACGCUGGGUGCUGAGCUCCAGCCCGCUUUACUACUUUAACCACACGCAGACGGAGUUCAGCGAUGGCACCAUGGAGGUGCAGGCCAUGCUCACCUGGCACCUAAACCCGCAGCUGGACAACGACGCCCUCUUCAGCUGUGAAGUUAAACAUCCUGCCCUCUCCAUGCCCAUGCAGGCCGAAGUUACACUUUCUGCUCCAAAGGGACCUAAACUCUCCAUGACUCCAAGCAGAGCAAAAGUGGGAGAUACAGUUCGCAUCAGUGUGGAGGGAUUCCAAGUGGGAACAAAGGGGAAUGAGGUGUUUCCUGAGCCUCUGUUCACAUGGACACGUGUCGGGGGGCUGCUGCUGGAUGGCAGUGCUGAGAGGGAAGGGAAGGUUCUGAUUUUGGAGAGAGUUCCUGCAGAGCUCAACGGUUCCAUGUACCGCUGCACUGCAGAGAACCCACUGGGCUCCACUAACACACAUACACGCCUCAUAGUGUUCGAAAACCCAAGAAUAAAGAAAGAGACACUGCAGUUUAAUGUUGCUGACUCUGGUGGGGAGCUGUUUGGUCCCAUGUUUAUGAUGCUGCUGCUAUCAGUGACCCUGGAGUUCACAUGAACAGACUGAGAUGCGACUCACUCCUGUUCUCUCCCUGACAGCUUCGGCUCUGCAGUCACCUUCUCUCUCUCUCUCUCUCUCUCUCUCUCUCUCUCUCUCUCUCUCUCAGCUCUGCACUGUUCAUAACACAGGUGAAAUAAAUAGACAAGAAAAAAGACCAAAUGUGCUCUGGUUCAGCCACGGUUCACUUUCACAUCAUGUACCGCACAUCUUUCCGAAAAUCAUCACUUGCCUUGGCUUUGCACGCAUUUCUUUUGAAGUGUCCAUCUGAUUAAGUAUGUUCUGAAUGAAAGACGUCCUUAUCAUACAGAAUUUUAUCUACAUGCACUGAAAAUGCCGUGAUGCUAAGCU